GACGUGCACACGUGAGCGUCUCGCCGCGUCAUCCCGACCCGCGCAAGUAGGCCGGACCGAAGCGCGUGAGCGAAUGGGACACGUCCCGGGCUGCGAGCUUCCGGUUGGUUCAGCCAAUCGCAGGAGAGUGGGCCGCGCCUUCUAAAGUCGUCCGCUGUCUGUCAAAGCUUCCUGCCGAUGUCGCCCGUCCUAUGAACCUGCCCCGACCAUCACUACUGCAUCACUGAUCCACCGCAAAGCGUAAAGAUGGCGGCCCGGACCAUGCAAGCAGCGCGAUGCCCGACAGAUGAGCUUUCGCUGACCAAUUGUGCCGUGGUCAGCGAGAAGGAUCUGCAGUCCGGACAACACGUGACUGUGAAGACCACACCCAACCACAAAUUUGCGUUUACAGUCAAGACCCACCACACUGUGGCACCUGGUUCCAUUGCCUUCAGCCUGCCACAGCGAAAAUGGGCCGGUCUCUCCAUUGGCCAGGAGGUGGAAGUGUCAAACUACAACUUCGACAAGUCCAAGCAGUGCAUCGGUGCCAUGACAAUCGAAAUUGACUUCCUGCAGAAGAAGAGUACCGACUCCUCACCUUAUGACUCGGAUAAGAUGGCUGCCGAGUUCAUCCAGAAGUUCAACAGCCAGGGAUUUUCUGUCACGCAGCAGCUGGUGUUCAGUUUCUGUGAUAAACUCUUUGGACUGGUUGUCAAAGACAUUGAGGCAAUGGAUGCCAGCAUCCUCAAAGGUGAAGCACCCUCUGGAAAGAAACCGCAGAAGAUUGACGUUGGACUGCUGGUGGGCAACAGCCAGGUGAUUUUUGAGAAGGCAGAGAGUUCAUCCUUGACGCUUGUGGGCAAGGCAAAGACCAAGGAGGCACGUCAGACAAUCAUCAAUCCAGACUGGAACUUUGAGAAAAUGGGCAUCGGCGGUCUGGAUAAGGAAUUCUCCGACAUCUUCCGGAGAGCUUUUGCUUCUCGAGUCUUCCCUCCCGACAUUGUGGAGCAGAUGGGUUGUAAGCACGUGAAGGGCAUCCUGCUGUUUGGACCUCCAGGCUGUGGUAAAACCCUGAUGGCCAGGCAGAUCGGCAAAAUGCUUAACGCCCGUGAGCCAAAGAUCGUCAAUGGUCCCGAAAUCCUCAACAAGUACGUCGGCGAGUCGGAGGCCAACAUCCGCAAGUUGUUCGCUGACGCGGAGGAUGAGCAGAAGCGGCUGGGAGCCAACAGUGGGCUUCAUAUCAUCAUUUUUGAUGAGCUGGAUGCCAUUUGCAAGCAGAGAGGCACGGGUGCCAGCAGCACAGGUGUGCACGACACUGUGGUCAACCAGCUCCUCUCCAAGAUUGACGGUGUGGAGCAACUUAACAACAUCCUGGUCAUUGGGAUGACCAACAGGCCUGACCUGAUCGACGACGCCCUUAUGAGGCCUGGAAGGUUUGAGGUCAAGAUGGAAAUCGGUCUUCCUGAUGAGAAAGGUCGCGUUCAGAUUCUCACCAUUCACACGAACAAGAUGCAAAGCUUCAACCUGCUGGCUCAAGAUGUCAACAUACCAGAGCUGGCAGCUGAAACCAAGAACUACAGCGGCGCAGAGCUGGAGGGGCUGGUCAGGGCCGCCCAGUCCACUGCCAUGAACCGACACAUCAAGGCUACAUCUACAGUUGAGGUUGACAUGGAGAGGGCAGAGAAGCUGCAGGUCACCAGGGAUGACUUCAUGGGAUCCCUCAACAACGACAUUAAACCUGCAUUCGGUACAAACCAGGAGGAUUACUCCAGCUACAUCAUGAAUGGCAUCAUCAAAUGGGGUGACCCGGUUACACACGUCCUCGAUGACGGAGAGCUGCUGGUGCAGCAGACCAAGAACAGCGAUCGCACACCGCUGGUGGCUGUGCUGCUGGAGGGUCCACCCCACAGUGGAAAAACCGCUUUGGCAGCCAAGAUUGCGGAGCACUCACAGUUCCCCUUCAUUAAGAUCUGUUCUCCGGACAAGAUGAUUGGACACUCAGAGAUCUCCAAGUGCCAGGCCAUCAAAAAGGUUUUUGAUGAUGCUUACAAAUCCCAGCUCAGCUGUGUGGUGGUCGAUGACAUUGAACGCCUGCUCGACUAUGUCCCAAUCGGACCGCGUUUCUCCAAUCUGGUUCUUCAAGCUUUGUUGGUGCUCCUGAAGAAAGCACCUCCCAAGGGUCGGAAGCUGCUCAUCAUUGGCACCACCAGCAGGAAGGACGUCCUACAGGAGAUGGAGAUGUUGGAUGCCUUCAGCACCACCAUCCACGUCCCGAACAUCUCUACCGGGGAGCAGCUUGUCGAUGCUUUAGAGCUGUUGGGGAGCUUCACAGACAAAGAGAGGGCCAGCAUCGCGCACCAGCUUAAAGGAAAGCGAGUUUGGAUCGGCAUCAAGAAGCUCCUCGUGCUUAUCGAGAUGUCGCUGCAGAUGGACCAAGAUUACAGAGUGACCAAGUUCCUGUCUCUGCUGCGGGAUGAGGGGGCGUUGAAUGAAGGCAAUCAAAUCCGAAUUUAAGCCGUCAGUCAGUGGGUCACGCUACACCGUGAUCGCAGCUUUUAUGAGUAGAGCGGCUCGAGCGCUCCGACAACUAUUUCAUCAUCAACAAGCCGCAAAUAUGGUGCAAUGAGGAAGAGGAGCAGAGGAGGAAGAGCUCAUUAUCUCUCUGUCCACCAAGUCAUCCCUCCAUCCAUCUGUCUCAAUAUACACCCGGUAAAAGACACUAUACAAUCCCCCCUUAUCUCAGCCUGCUUCUGUAUGCAAUAUCUCUGUAUCACCGCCCAUGUGUCAUCCCCAUCCCCAAACUAUAUUUGUCGACAUAUCGCCGAAAUCUACGGGAAGUCGUGCUGUUAUUAAAUUGUUAUCUGUAAAGAGAUUGCAAUAGAUUAUUGUAAAAAAAAAAAAAAAAGAAUAAAAAAAAAAAAGUGCUGUUUUGUGCAUCGUGCUAAAACAAAGCUAUAUGUUUUUAGCUCCUUGUGUAGUAUGUGUUGUAUUUGUUUUUGUCCUACUAAAUUAUAGUCAGUAUGAUAUGUACUUACGCAAACAAGGCAGGCAGUACAAAGAGAAUGUUUCUAAAAUGGCGAUAAAUACGCUGCAGAUUAUUCGCUUUGUGGACUAUCAGAGGAUUGUUGUGACCAUGUCGUGGCUAAGAAAAAAGUACUUUGUUCCGUGUGUAAAUGUUAAGCCUUUAAAUCUCUGUAACUUGUCCAUGGCUUAAAACCAAUUGAAGCCGAAAGUACAUAGUAUAUAUAAACACAGGCAGUAUAUUGAGAAUCGUUUUAAGGAUCCAAGUUCUUUCCAGAUUAUAUAGACAAGAUAUAUCAGUAUGAUUUGCUGUCCUUGGUGGUUCCAGAGAUCGUGACUUUUAUCAGGUUUUAGUGGAAGUGAAUGAUUGUCUGUUCGGUACACUUUAGUAAAGCUAGUGUAGCUUUGGCAUUGUCGGUGCUCCAUUAAAAAAAAUCUGCACUUUUAAGAUGGAUAUAAAAGAAAAACGGAACAAAAAAUAACGAAACAAAAACAUGAGUACUUAAUGGUUCUUCAUGAAAGCUUGAGCUUGUGUCGACUCGUGCGCAUGCGUUGCAUCCUAAACGCCGCAUGCGUAUGCAUAUGAAUGCGUAUACGUACACAUAGAGGCUAAAUUGGUUAUGCUGUCAAUAUUUUGUUGUACAACCGUUUGAGGUACUCAUUUUGUGUCCCGAAGCAGCGCGUUUCACUCCAGAAGGCACAAAUUCAGUUUUUCCUGUGCUGCCCGUACGAUGACGAACGAUGACAAUUUCAAAAAGUUGUGCCCGCUGUGUGGUUGUGUUCCGGGGCCGAUCUGCCCCAUCCGGUGAAGUGUGCUCGGAAUCUGCGCGGCGUACGAUGAAAUCUCAAGACUUUCAACACGUGCUGGAACCAAAUGUGCUGCUCGGGGUCAGAAGGGUGACGCCAUUGAUCACCUCAUGUGCUGGUGUAACAAAAUAUGUUAGUCAAACAUGCCAUCAUUUUUAUCCAGGCUACAUUUAUUAUGGUAGUUUGUUUUAAUAAUUCUGUUGGACCAGAAAAAAAAACAAACGCGUGAUUAUUUGUUACAAUUCGGUAUAUUUUUGUAUUUAACAUUACUUUUGUCUGUUAUUUUUGUGACCAUUGUGGGUUUUCGUUUGUAAAUGGAAGGGUAACAAACAUUUUGCUGAUCCGUGUAGUUGUGUAUGUCUGAUAUAUUAACAAAUUAGUGAGCGUUUAAAUUGUUUCCAUUUUGAAUUGUGUUUAAUAACUAAUGUCCAAAGUUCUUGUUUUGUUCUAACCAUUGAUGAUAUGUGAAUUGGUGUGUGUGUGUAAAUAUAUAUAUAUUUCCAGAUGUAUUAUUGCAAUAAAAAGCACUGAUGCACAGAAAAGAAA